AUGCCUGUGUAUCAAUCCUUUAGGUUUUUAAUGAAGUGCUGGAAUGAAACAGUCACUAUUGAACUUAAAAACGGUACGACCAUCAAUGGGACUAUCACUGGUGUCGAUAUGCAGAUGAACACUCAUCUUAAAACUGUCAAGAUGACCGUCAAGAACAAGGAUCCUGUGCAUUUAGAGACCUUGUCCAUCCGAGGAAACACUAUCCGUUACUUUAUUCUACCAGAUGCGCUACCUUUGGACACACUGCUGAUUGAUGAUAGGCCCAAGUUAAAGGCAAGCAAGAAGGUUGGUGACUCUAAAGGUGCUCUAGGUAGAGGUCGUGGUCGGGGCGGUAUCCGUGGUGGUCGUGGUGGAGGUCGUGGACGUGGACGAUAG